AUGAAGUCCUCACUGCUAACCAUCCUAACCGCCGCAUUCGCUGCCCGGGAAGUAACCGGCCACGCAAUUUUCCAACAACUCUGGGUAGACGGCACCGACUACGGUUCCACCUGCAACCGCCUUCCGACGUCCAACUCCCCCGUCACCAACGUGGGAAGCCGAGAUUUCGUCUGCAAUGCCGGUACCAGGGGUGUCAGUGGGAAAUGCCCCGUCAAGGCAGGCGGGACCGUGACGGUUGAGAUGCACCAGCAACCAAACGACCGCAACUGCAAAUCCGAAGCCAUUGGCGGCGCCCACUGGGGUCCCGUGCAAAUCUACCUCUCCAAAGUCUCCGAUGCCUCGACAGCCGACGCUUCCUCGGGCGGCUGGUUCAAGAUCUUCUCCAACGCCUGGUCCAAAAAAUCCGGCGGCCGCGUAGGCGACGACGACAACUGGGGCACGCGCGACCUCAACGCCUGCUGUGGACGCAUGGACGUGCCCAUCCCCAAGGACCUGCCCAGCGGCGAUUACUUGCUGCGAGCCGAGGCGCUGGCGCUGCAUACCGCUGGCCAGAGCGGCGGGGCGCAGUUUUAUAUUUCUUGUUAUCAGAUUACCGUCAGUGGUGGCUCGGGUGGUAGUGUGAGCUAUGCGACGGUCAAGUUUCCGGGGGCGUAUAAGAGCAGUGACCCGGGUAUUCAGAUUAAUAUCCAUGCGGCGGUGAGUAAUUAUGUGGCGCCGGGGCCGGCGGUGGUAAGCGGGGGUGUGACCAAGCAGGCUGGGAGCGGGUGUGCGGGUUGUGAGUCGACUUGUAAGGUUGGGAGCUCGCCGUCGGCGGUGGCGCCGGGUGGAAAGCCGGCGAGUGGUGGGUCGGAUGGGAAUUCUCCUGAGGUGGGUGAGCCCAGUACUGGUGGUGGUGAUAGUCCGAGUGCGCCCGGUGCUUGCGCGGUGGCUGCGUAUGGGCAGUGUGGUGGAAAUGGAUACUCUGGGUGCAGCCAGUGCGCAAGCGGAUACACCUGCAAGGCUGUCUCGCCGCCUUAUUACUCGCAGUGCGCACCAGCCUCGUAA